AUGGAUCAACGAAGCAGCUUCGGCAAUGUGAAGCCUCGACUGACUCAUAGCAGAGAGCUUGAAAUGAAGACGACUCUCCAAGAACUAUUGAUCUACAUAAUUUUUCUAACUGAUCUAUGUAUAUUGACAUUUGGGAUGGUUAGCACAGAUAUGUAUUACCUAAACAGAGUAAUGGCCAAUCUCUUCUUGGAAACGCCCUUCUCAGAGAAAGAUAAGACGAUCUUCAAAACGAUGGGCAGCAUCACCGACUUUUGGGAGUUUUUAGAAGGCCCACUUCUGGAUGGGCUUUAUUGGAACACCUGGUAUACUGAAAAUUCCACAAGUACCUACAGAAACAGUAGCCAUAUCUACUAUGAAAACUUACUCCUUGGAGUAGCUCAGAUCCGGCAAUUGAAAGUCCGUAACAACACUUGCUCCGUUUACCCUUCUUUUCGUGCAUUUAUGAGAGAAUGCUAUGGGCAGUAUAGCUACAACCAUGAAGACAGAGAAAGCUUUGGCUUUAAAAACGAUACUGCGUGGCACUACUACACUUCUGCUACUCUAGCUCCCUGGCAUUGGGGCCUUAUUGGCCUAUAUAGUACCGGAGGAUUUAUGUUCAUCCUGAGUAAAUCAAAGAACCAAAGUUUACAUAUGGUGACCUUCCUCAAGGAACACAGCUGGAUCACCCGAGGAACAAGGGUUGUCUUCAUUGAUUUUUCAAUGUACAAUGCUAAUGUUAACCUCUUCUGCAUAGUCAGGCUGACUAUGGAGUUUCCUGCAACAGGUGGCGUAAUCCCUUCUUGGCAGUUCCACUCUGUAAAACUUCUCAGAUACGUCACCUAUUACGAUUAUUUUCUAGCCUCCUGCGAAGUCAUCUUCUGUCUUUUCAUCUUCACAUUCCUCAUUCAAGAGUUUAUAAAAAUGCGGAAACUGAAAGGAGAUUAUUUUAGAAAUGCUUGGAAUUGGCUGGAUAUGUUAUUGCUCUUGUUGUCCUUGUUUGCUAUUGCUUUCAAUGUUUAUCGAACGAUUGAGGUAUCCAGGCUUAUGGAAAAUCUGCUCUCCAAUUCAGAUUCUUAUCCAGACUUUUACUUCCUCGGAUUUUGGCAGACCCGUUAUAAUAAUAUGAUUUCAGUCAAUGUCUUCUUUGCAUGGAUAAAGAUAUUUAAAUACAUAAGUUUUAACAAGACAAUGACUCAGCUGUCUUCUACUCUGUCCCGUUGUGCUAAAGACAUCAUAGGAUUUGCCAUCAUGUUUUUUAUCAUCUUCUUUGCAUACGCACAGCUGGGCUACCUGGUCUUUGGAUCGCAAGUGGAUGAGUUUUCCACUUUUCAGAAUUGCAUUUUUACCCAGUUUCGUAUUGUACUUGGAGAUUUUAAUUUUGCCGACAUAGAACAUGCCAAUCGAAUUCUUGGACCAAUUUACUUCAUCACCUUUGUAUUCUUUGUCUUCUUUGUCUUACUGAACAUGUUCUUGGCGAUCAUUAACGACACAUACUCUGAAGUGAAAGCUGACUUUUCAGUAAUUCCAAGCAGAGAAUUUGAGAUCAGCGAUCUUAUAAAACAGGGUUACAAUAAAGCUUUAGUCAAACUCAAACUGAAGAGACAGUCACCAGAGACAGAAGAUGUAUAUUUGAAAAAGUGGGAUCUCAUGAGGCAUCAGAUUUCUUCUGGACAGUAUGACACAGUUUCUGCAAGGGACUUUCAGAGACUUUCUAGAUAUGCAGAGGAUUUGGAAAGACAACUGAAGGAGGUAAAUUAUAAGCUGGACACAGUUAUGAGAACUCUCCCUCCAACUCAAUACCAACAGAUGAACUAG